AGUAUUGUGACAAGUACUUUACCCGACCAUCAACUUGCAAGGAACAUGAACAUACUCAUACAGGACUCAAACCUUACCAGUGCAAGUAUUGUGACAAGUGCUUUACCCGACAAUCAACUUGCAAGGAACAUGAACAUACUCAUACAGGACUCAAACCUUAUCAGUGCAAGUAUUGUGACAAGUGCUUUACCCGACCAUCAACUUGCAAGGAACAUGAACAUACUCAUACAGGACUCAUGAUGAAACCUUAUCAGUGCAAGCAUUGUGAAAAGUGCUUUACCCGACCAUCAACUUGCAAGGAGCAUGAACAUACUCAUACAGGACUCAAACCUUAUCAGUGCAAGCAUUGUGAAAAGUGUUUCGCACAUCUAGGGAAUUGUAAGCAGCAUGAAGUUUCACACACAGGAGUGAAACCUUAUCACUGCAGGUAUUGUGAUAAAUGUUUUACCGUGAAACAAUCUUGCAAGCGACACGAACUUGCACACACAGGAGUGAAACCUUACCAGUGCAAGUAUUGUGAUAAAUGUUUUAAUCAAUCAUCAUAUUGCAAGCAGCAUGAACGCACACACACAGGAGUGAAGCCUUAUCAAUGCAAGUAUUGUGAUAAGUGCUUUGCCUACUCAUCAAAUUGUAAGGAGCAUGAACUGAUACACACAGGAGUGAAACGUUAUCAAUGCAAGUAUUGUGAAAAAUGCUUUAUAAAAUCAUCAUCUUGUAAGAGACAUGAAAUUUCCCACACAGGAGAAAAACCUUAUCAGUGCAGGUAUUGUAACAAGUGCUUUAACAUCUCAUCAAAUUGUGUGAGACAUGAACAAAUUCACAUUGUGUGAUUCCAGGAAAUAUCCAUACCCCUUCCACGGAUGGUUCUUCCGAUUAGACCCCCCCACCCCCUUGGAAUUUCCGUUCCAGAGGAGUCAUGUAUAACCCCCCACCCCCCAGGAAUGUCCUAUUUUCCUUGUCAUGGCUUUUAUUUGCCCCAUUUAGACAUUAUCGACCGUCUACUGCUUAAAAUUAACUGUUCUCAUCUUAAGACACAGUUUUUUAUAAUCUUUGACCUAUUUGUAAUCUUUUACAAGGCAAUAUGUAUUUCUUACGCAGGUAGAGCACGCUUGAUAAUGACAGUCUCUCUUUUUUAUUAGUCCAUCCAGCGAAAUGUGCAAGGCACGAAAACAGAGAUUAAUAUGUUUAUGUCAUCUCAAGAAAACAUUUACCGCAUAACUUCAAAUUUGAACUAUUCAUUGAAAUAAAACUAUGUGAACAUUUUCGAAUUUCAAAACAAAUCUACUAAAAAACUAACUUACAAGCAAAGUUUAGUGUUAGUGUAAAUGUUCGGCCUCGGGUCCUAAAGUCACCACAAAGUCGAUGUUUGUAAUUAAUUUUAACUUUGAAGGAAUUACGCUUGCAGUUAAACAAAUUUCAGGAAUUACAAAAAACCUUAUUUGGGUUAUAAAAGAACAAACUAUGCAAACAUUCAUUUUGCAUCCUAUAUUUGCAUCGAUUCAUGUUCAGAAAUGAAAAUCGGUGAAACAUGAUCUAUUUUGUCACCUAGCACGUGAUCGAAAGUCUCCUUGACGAAGAAGAAACAGAUCGUUAAUAUUUUUGCGCAAAAGUUGAUUUGGCGAGAAGUCUGUUCGACAAACAGCUUGCCUUCAAUAUUACUUUAUUAAAAGUCAAUAAUAAAAUACAGCAAAGCUCUCAUUUGGGUCGUCACACAGCGCUUUGUCGCGAUGAGCUCCCUGAAUGUCAACAGAAAUUUGCAUAAAGUUGUUUACACCAAGCUCGAGAAAUAUAGUGCCGAGAUAGACGGUGUUUGCUCUCGAUUAGCCUAAGUUUUUAUCAGACUAUUCUGCAAUUGAGUCCACAAUCUAGAUACAGGUUCGACAUUAUUAAUCGAUGCGCCACAAUUUAUUCCUGGAGAAGCAAGGGACCUGUUGAGAAUUGCACCGAGAACUGCGAUCGCUUUGCCAGAAGGACGAUAUUUAUGUAAAGACUUUGUCAAAGUCAAAUGUUGGACGGACGGACCGACCGUUACAUCUUUAAGUUUUUUCUCGAAAGGGCAUCUAUUUCUGAUUUUUGUUGUGCUACAAAUCAAAAUAAUCCACAUAUACUUAGGUAUGUCUCGUACGAUUGAUCGCGUCUGUUACAACCCUGUGGAAAAUGUUUCUCGUGGGCACCCCCCAUACCCUGCAGAAAUUUCUACCCUUUAGCCCCCCCACGCCUUAGGAAUUUCCAUUCACCAUCUGUGGGAGGGGGGGGGUAUGGAUAAUUUUAUUUUCUGGAAUCACACAGUAAAGGGAAAUCUUCUAAAGAAGUUACAAGCCAGUUAAGCAUAUUUAGCUGUUGGAUAUGUCAAGAGGAAUUAAGUAGUCAGGAGCUUCUUCAGGAACACUAUGAUAACUACAUGAGACCAGAGUGA